CUUGUCCGGGUGACCCUCACCGACGGAUUCGGAGGUGAAAAGGAAAGUGGGCUUGGCGACCCCGUUGGUGGCAGCGACCAUGAUUGCGAAAUUAAGGGAUUGGAAGAAAAGUUCAAAGAAAAAGAAAACUCUUAAGGAAGAAGAGAAACCUAAGCGGCUGCAGAAGAAGAAAGGGAGAGGGAGUGGGAUGUAUAAGAGAGACGGUCAGAGAAAGAAAGAGAGGGGAGAUGAAGAAGGGUCUUGGUUCGAUGAGGGGGGAGUUUUGCAGGCCGGCGACAAAUUAAGCGACAUGUCGCAAUCUCACCGAAGACGCCGACGGGCCCCGAAGUGAAGAAAAAAAGUGGCCAAGGUUUCUCUCCCGUAGAGGACCUGAGUAAGCCCCCGCCGGUUUAUUUACCUGUGUCCUUCUGUGAUUUACUUCUACAGUAGCUUCGUACGAAGUACUGAAUUAUAUUCGCGACCUACGACGACACUUUUUAACAGAUGGCAUUGUCUCAAGACGCAGAGUAGAUGAGAGCUGGAGCCAGGUAAACGCAGAAAACCAUGGUCUUCGAUGAACUUCCUAGUACCUUGCUGGUCUAGGUACAUUUUUUAAUUAAAGUUACAACAAAGAGCCGCAUACAUUUCAAACGUAGGUGACGUUUUCCUGGACCCAAGUGAUAAAUAAAUCGUUGAAUUGAUCUUGAUUACCCUC